AAGCAGGGUUGCUUCGGGUCGGCCCCUGGAGGCGUGCCCGGGGACGCAGCACCUCGGGGGCGGUUGGCCCGGGGGUCCCCGCUGGGCCUUUCUGGCCGGGUUCUGCGCCCCGGUGGGGGUGCACGGCGGCGGAGACGCGGGACGCCGUUGCCCGGGACGCCAGCCCCUCUCCUCGACCGGGCGCGCUGCCCGCAGCCGGCCCCGACGGCGGAGGGCGGGCGGGGCGCGGGGUGGCCCCGGGGCGGAGCGCGGGCGGUGCCCGCAGCCCCAGGAGCGGUGCUGCGGCGGCGGCGGGUACCCAUGGCCCUGCCGGCGGAGGCGGCCCGGCUGGAUGGGGUCUGGCAGGAGGUCUACUCGUCUCUGCAGUGGAUCCAGUUCACCAUGGCCAUACUCAGCGUUACAGGUUCCAGCUCGAUCAUUGCCUAUGCUGUCUUUCAAAAUGUGGUGCGGUCCCCCGAGGUUCGUCCACUUUUCUACCUGAGCCUCUCUGACCUCUUCCUGGGUAUGUGCUGGCUCACCGGGGCUGUCCUCUACAGCACACCAACCUCCAAGCAGGAUCUCAUCUGCUAUAACCUGCAAGUGACAGGACAGAUAUUCUACGUGGCCUCUUUUCUAUACACUGUCAACUACACCUGGCAUCUGUACAUGGACCUAAAGAUGAAAUACAAUCAGAACCUUUUGAGGAUGCCCCCCCAGGUUGUAGAUUAUGCGGGUUGCAUUGGCCGAAUAGCAACGAUCUCGUCUAGCCUCAUCCCUUUCCUUCUCAUGGUGCCUGUGUUUUGCCUGGGUAACAGCAGUAAUUGCUACCAGAACUUCAGUCAGAAGCAUGGAUGUCUCUUGAUGCACACGGAGGUAGCUGUGCCCACCAACGAGCCGCAAACCUUGAGCAGCUCUGUUUGCCAUGUGAUGCAUUUCUAUGGCAUUGGGCUCUUCCUCGUUUCCUUUCUGAUCAGCUUUGUAGCCAUUCUGGUUAUACUCGGUAAAGCCCGAGGUCUGUACAAAAGGUUUGUAAACUCCACAGGAUUCCUGGGGGAUCAGCAGUGGGCCAUGAUUAAGAUGGUAGAACAACGAGUGGUUUUUUACCCCGUCGCAUUCUUCUGCUGCUGGGCCCCAGCUGUCCUCCUUGGAAUACUGAAGCUGACUGUUUCAACAAACAGCAAAAUCUACAUGGCUUUUCUAAUUCUACAGGCUCUGACAGCAGCUUCCCAGGGGCUUCUGAACUGCAUCGUGUACGGCUGGACGCAGCACGCCUUCCUCUCCCUCAAACGCAACGCCUGCCGGGACGUUGACACUCAGACUCCUCUCUUGCGCUCCCAGAAGAAGUUCUACACCAGCAUGCUCCCCACCAGCCCACCGGACGCCGAGGGGUCCACGUCCACCCUGCUCUGAUGAAUCCUCGCCUCAAAGGAGAACAGGCAGCAUCCUAACGAGGCCUCGUCAGGGUUUUAGCAACGUCAGCCAGACCCAGGCACGGGCUGUCGGCUGCGAACUGUCUUGCCAGCAGCAAAGUUAGCUGUAGUGCUGGAGGAGCCUGAGCAGGUCUGUCGGAGACAGGCGCUUCAGUAAAAAUAGUUAUUUAUUUUACAGGUUUGUAUGGACUGCCAAUGGAUUCUUUAAACAUGUAAACCUUUAGUACAGACUUUCUCCUUAUGGAAAUAUCUGUAGAAAUGCAGCAAAUCAUAUGUAACGGCUCAGAGAUUCGGUACAGUUCCUUUAAGGUUAGAUGGUCAAAGGAUGUUUUACUGAAGUAUUUACCAUUACAAAUUAACAGUAAAGCGAAGGUGAAUAUUUUUCAA